AUGGACCAAAGUAAUCUUUCGUCAAAUUGGAAGAAACUGCAGGCCACCUUCGAAGCUUCCAAACCCGAUGCUCCUCCUCCCAAACCUUCCUUGCAAAAUGGCUUGAAACGAAAACGAGAUCAGUUUAGAGACACCCUGCCACAGCUGUCUGCGCAGCUCCCCAAUCCGAGGAAUAAGCAACGAGUACAAAAGGCUAUGGCUCAGAAAGGUGUUCCGUCUACAAAACUCGGGUCAAUUCAAGAUUUAGAAAAUCAUGACGAUGGAGUGCGUCCACGAUUUCCAGACCGAGCAUCUUCAGAGAAUGUGAACGGAGGACUCUCUCCGUCCGUCGAAGUCGGCAGAUAUGUGGCCAUAGACUGCGAAAUGGUAGGCGUAGGUCCCAACCCAGACAGAGAGUCCGCACUCGCUCGUGUCAGCAUUGUCAACUACAAUGGCGAACAAGUGUACGAUUCCUAUGUCGUCCCUCUUGAGACUGUUACGGAUUGGAGAACGCCUAUCAGCGGCAUUGCACCCAAACACAUGAAGUAUGCUCGAUCAAUGAAAGAAGUGCAAGCAGAUGUUGCCAAAAUUAUCAAGGACAGAGUGCUCAUUGGUCAUGCGAUCCGACACGACCUCGAAGCUUUGAUGCUCGGUCAUCCAAAGCGAGAUAUCCGCGAUACAUCUCGUCACCCACCCUACCGAAAGCUUACAGGAGGCAAUCCACCGCGUCUGAAGAUCCUUGCGUCAGAGUUACUCGGCUUUGAGAUCCAAGAGGGUGAACAUUCAAGCAUAGAAGAUGCUCGGGCCUGCAUGCUGCUCUUCCGGAGGGACAAGGCUGCCUUUGAGCGGGAGCAUUCCAAGAAGUGGCCGAUACGGACUACCACAGAUUCACAGCGAGGCUCAGGUGAUCAACAAAAGCCCCAGAAAUCGGAGAAGAAAAAGAAGAGGGGGAAAUGA